AAAAACGUGCAGCUCUGCACGUGAGAACGUGUGCUAACGAUUUAAAUUUUGGCGACAAUAAUUCAAGGAUCGAGUUGGCAAAAGUGAAUUUUAAAGUGUUGGUGUCUAGUGAAUUUUGUAGAAAAUGUCGUGGUUGCUUGGGAGUCGUUAUAACCAACCCCAGGACUUUUCACAGUAUGUGCAACCGCCGGCUUCAGGAGGUGAUGGCGGUUCAGGUUCGAGCGAUGGGCCUCCGAAUAAACCAACCAAGUCUCAAAUGGAUGCUUACAGAUUUGAUUCCAGUGCCUUAGAACGGGCAGCUGCUGCUGCUAAACAAUUGGAAACAUCGGCUCAUGCAAUGGAAGCGUUGGAGCUUUCGAAGCUGCAAGAGAGAACAAGACAAACAGAAUUGCAAACAGAGCUGAAAAAGUACGAGGCCAGUAUUGAGCAGAUGAAAGUUGAACAAAAGCGAGUCGAUCAAGAGGAGAGGCGAAAAACCAUGGCAGAGGAGACUAAGCAGCAUCAAAUGAGAGCUCAAUAUCAGGACCAAUUAGCCCGGAAAAGAUACGAUGAACAGCUUCUCCAACAACAAAGAAUGAAUGAAGAAAACCUGAGGAGACAAGAAGAAUCUGUUGCUAAACAGGAGGCCAUGAGAAAAGCCACUGUCGAGCAUGAAAUGGAAUUAAAACACAAAAAUGAAAUGAAAAAAUUAGACGCUAAAUUGAGAGCUCAGGCGAAAAUCGAUAGGGAAAAUCAGGAUUUGAAUCUCGAAAAGAUUAGACUCAAAGCUGCCGAAAACAGAACUACUGUUCUCGAAUCUAUCAAGACUGCAGGUUCAGUCGUUGGAACUGGAGUCACAGCUCUUUUGCGAGAUUGGGACAAAAUCCUCGCAGCUGCCGGAGGCUUAUCUCUCGUAGCUCUCGGAGUUUACUCUGCCAAAGGUUCUACCGGAGUGGCAGCUCGAUAUAUCGAGUCCCGUCUCGGAAAACCAUCCCUCGUUCGUGAAACGUCUCGAUUUUCCGCCUUGGAUGUAGUUCGACAUCCAAUAGAAGCGGUAAAGAAACUGAAAGAUCAAAAGAGCGACGCCCUGUCUGGAGUUGUGCUAGCACCAAAACUCGAGGAGCGACUUCGAGAUGUCGCGAUCGCCACGAAAAAUACGAAACAAAAUCGAGGAAUGUAUAGAAAUAUUUUAAUGCAUGGACCGCCCGGAACUGGUAAGACUAUGUUUGCGAAAAAGCUCGCCCAGCAUUCGGGAAUGGACUACGCCAUCCUGACUGGCGGUGAUUUGGCGCCUCUCGGACGAGACGGUGUCACUGCGAUUCACAAAGUUUUCGACUGGGCCUCAACCUCGAGAAAGGGUCUUCUACUCUUCAUCGACGAGGCGGACGCCUUUUUGCGGAAGAGAUCGAGCGAGCACAUUUCCGAGGAUCUGAGAGCGAUGUUGAACGCAUUUCUCUACAGAACUGGCGAGCAGAGCAACAAGUUCAUGUUGGUUUUGGCAUCGAACACACCCGAGCAAUUCGAUUGGGCGGUGAAUGACCGAUUGGACGAGAUGGUGGAAUUUUCUCUGCCGGGUCGAGAAGAGCGCGAGCGGUUGGUGCGCUUGUAUUUUGACAAGUUUGUCCUGCAACCGGCGACUGAAGGCAAGAAGCGGCUGAAGGUCGCGCAGUUUGAUUACGGCGCGCUUUGCAGCAAAGUUGCGCAAAUUACGGAGGGAAUGUCGGGGAGGGAAAUUGCGAAAUUAGGAGUUUCUUGGCAAGCGGCUGCCUAUGCUUCGGAGGAUGGAGUGCUGACUGAUCAGAUGAUCAUUGACAGGACCAAUGAGGCGGUUAAACAACACAAACAGAAGGUACAAUGGCAAAGCGAACAAGAAAGACAAGAAUCGAAAUCGAUAUACGCAGGUGAAACAGAAACUUCCGAUUCGAAACUUUCGAAAAAGGAUAUAAAGGCGAUAGAACCAUCGCCAGGACCUUCGGAUCAAAUAGCUCCAGCUUGAAUUAUUCAUCAUGUAGGCGGUAACUCGAAAAAUACGGCGAAAUUGGACCAAUCGCUGAACUGAAAAAAAAUAUCACUUAUCAAAGUCAAGAUUUUUAUUCACCUCUUCAGCUUAGACGUAUGAGCGUCAAAAACUGUAAAUUUAAAGAUUGCUUAGGUUCAAUCUCAUUGGAAAUGUGCAAAACUUGAACGUGUCGUUUCAAAUUUCCAAUCGUCAAAUCCAAUGUGCAUUUAGUUAAAGAAAAAUACUACUAGGUUCGUUUUAGAGAAUUGAAUGUUUCCUCCUUUCAGAAAAAUGUGAAGCAUCACGGAAAAACGUAAAAUAGUGGAAUAAUGUGUCAAAGGAUUGUGCCUAAUUUUUCGCCGCUAUUUUUUUUUUGCACGAGAUCCAUCACAUUGUUCGACCGAUUUUUGUAAAUAUUAAGAGAGUUGGCUCUCAGGGAUAUAUUAACGAGUUUAUUCUCUUUCUUUUCUGUCGAAUUUUUGAAAAAAUGUAUUUUUUUAAAUUUUAAGACGUACAUUGACGAAACUUGAGAAAAGAAAGACGAAAAAAUUAAGUUUUUGUGCAUUCUUAAUACUUCUAUAAAUUUGUUACUUCGUUUAACGAAUCAUACUGUUGACGUUUGUCUUCAUUUCGUUUGCAUAAAAACUUUGCUGGAAGUUUGGGAGUAUUAGUUAAUAGACAAAUUAUUGAAAUAGAAAAUAAAAAUUCUUAUAUAGAAGAUUUGUUCGUCUUGGAGACGAAAAUUUUUUUUUAAUAUGUAAAUUAUAAUCAAUAAAGAGAAAUUUAUUUCGCAA